AUGGAUUAUAUCAGAGUUGAAGGAAGCCUGAUUCUGCCAGCUAAAGUAGAUGGCUCCCCUGAUGUGUUCCAGAGGCCAUAUUUUACUCUAGUGAAACCAGAAUGGGUUCCAGAUGAGCAGUGCAGUUACUGUGAACUGUGUUCUGUUAAGUUCACUCAGGUUAAACGUAGACAUCACUGUCGUAUGUGUGGGGCUGUUAGAUGUGCCCAGUGCUGUAGCCAAAAGAUCCCACUGCCACAGCUGGGACUUGAAGAAGCUGAACGAGUUUGCCAUGCCUGCAAAACUGUGGCAGAACUGGUGACCAAAGCACGAUCCUCCAAUGAGUCAACUAUUCUAGAAGCUGCCAAAGGACUGUCUACAUUUGCAAAACACGAAAAGCACAUCAAGAAGUUAUUAGAGCUUGGUGGAACUCAGACUUUGGUCGUCUUGGCUUCCGUUGACAACAUUAAUGUGCUGGGUCAUGUGACUUCUGGGCUUCAUGCUCUUGUGACUCACCCAUCUCUACACAAACACUUAGCUGAAUCUGGAGUUAUCAAAGCCAUUUGCAAGAUAUUAAGUCACGUUGGGGACACCCAGGAACAGAUAGCGAUAGAUGGGAUCAGUUCCUUGAUGAUUUUUUGCAAAUAUCAGAGCCUCAAAACAAAAGUUUUAAUCGAUGGCGGCCUGCAGCCUGUUCUAAGCUUGUGCUGGUCCAACAAGACUGCCAUCUCUCUUUUAUCCAUCACCACACUUGGUCUCAUAGCUGAACUCCCGGCGACACACACCACCAUUUAUGACAACAGACAAAACGCCGUAUCACGCCUCUUACAGCUGGCUAAUGCACCAGAUGAACAGCUUCAGGAGGUCGCUCUUAAAACGUUAGCGUAUUUAUCCACGGGCCUAGACGAGUACAGACAUCGGCUGGUACAGGAAGAUUCAAGCACUGGCCACUGUUUACAAACAGCUUUAAAGAGCAGCCCAAUCAAUCCUCAAAUUCUGUGUAACGCUGCCUGUUUGACUGCAAAUUUAGCAACCAGUGCACAAGACCAGAAUGAAUUACAAGAACUUCUUUGGACUGUUUGUCAAAAAUUGCCACAAGCAGACGCAAACACAGAGCUUUUGUGUCACUUAACCCGAGCACUGGCAAAUUUCUCACAGCACAAACAAAAUACUAACAUCCUGAUAAACACCAUUCCAGAUGUUGUUAAAUACUGCUUAAAAUCGCCAGACUCCUCGGUACAGCUGCAAGGCAUGCGACUGUUGAUCAACCUUCUAACUCACGCACCAGCCAGAGUGUCCUCUUUAAUAGUCAGGAAAGGGUCAAGCUCAGUCUUUCCGGCUUUGGUUAGAAUCAAAGUGAACUUGAUUCUAGUUCAAUCGAAGGGUAUCCGUGGCUUGAGUUCCCAGCCGCAUCAGGUCUGGAAACAGCUGGGAAGCGUGAUAAAUAGAUAG